AUGUCCACCCCCAACGAUCUUCAGGCUCUGCUGGCGAGCAUUAGGCCACGCCCUUCUCCUUCGGGAACCCCUGCUCAGGACGCUCCUCCCCACUCGCAGUACCCCGUGCACUACCAGUCGGGCCUCCGUCCCCAACAGCCGCAGCAGCCUCCUUACGAUGGGCAGAGCAUGCCUCACCCACAGCUGCUGCAACAUGGCUAUCGUCACCCUUCGGUCUCUUCGGUGGUCCAUAGCCCAUCUCCCGUUAAUACUCCGCCUCACCAUGGCUCAGAUAUUCUGAGUCCUAAUAUUACCACUCCUCGUGGUGAAAUGUUUCCGCAGCAGCACCAACCGCAGCCGCAGAACCCGGAUCGUGCGGUGAACCUGCUGAAUCUGCUCAAGUUCAACCAGGGUCCUGCCGGCGGUCCUAUCCAGCAGCAGCCCUCUCCGCUUGGAUUUGAGCAGCCAAGAUCUCCUCAGAUUCAGGAAAUCGGGCCUGAUGGUGUCCCGAGAUCUCAUGCGAGAAACAUCUCUGCCUCUGACCUGGUCGCGUCUCUUUUCGGUCGCCAGGGCCAGCCCUUGUCUUCGCCUGCCCCUCCGCCCGGUAUACCUACACCGUCGCAGUUCGCGCAGCCUGGACCUGCUGGGCCUGGUGAGAGCGCGUCGUCGGCCGCCCCUACUGCUGAAAACACGCAGGAGAUGCUGCUGCGCCUGCUCAACCGGCAGACCCCGACUCAAGAUGCGUCUCAAGGGCCCGUGAGAGCGGUGCCCCAGUCGGCAGUGUCUGCUUCUGCGGUCAAGUCUCCUGCCGCUGAGCCAGUGUCGUCGUCUGACAUCGCGGAAGGCCCUGUCGAAGUUCCCGGGGUUGGCCCCGAAGGACUUGUGUCCGGGAGUCCAGAGGUGCUUGCGUUCCAGCAGCCCAAGAGUUCCCUAACCCCCAAGGAAGGUAUCUUUACCUACACCAAUCCCUUCGAUCAACUCGCAGCCGCCUCGCCCCGCAAGGGAACUUCUCAAGUCAAGUCCCGCAGCGCGAGUCCAGCCGUCGAGCUUCCGAAGAGUCAGAAGAUCAACAUCACAGCAAAGGUAGAAGCCGCUCCCGCCUCUCAACCAUCCGGAUCGCAGCCUGCAGCACGCCCGGAGUCGCCCGAGCUUGACGAAGAGCAGAGAGAGGCUGUCAACAAGGUAGUUGGCAAGCUGGUUGAUCAAAUCGUCGGACGCGAUGUUAGCGAAUUGGUCAGCAGGGCGAUCGAAGAAACCUCCCCGGUCGCGGCGGAUGAGCCGGAGAGUACCCAAGUGGUUCUCUCUACCAUCGCUAGCCACCUUCGCGAGACCGCCACCGAAGCCAAGGAGGCCGCUGCUGACGAAGCUGCCGCGCCUUCUGCUGAGAAAGAGGUGGGCAACAAUGAGAAUGGUGACGCGCUUGCGGAUAGCUGGGAAAGUGCCGAGGAUAGCGCUGAGAAGGAGGAAGAGCGCGUUGUUCCCGUCCAUAAUUUCCCCCUGAAGCCGUUUAUCUCCAUAUCCUUGAAGGAAAAGGCCCAGAAACUUCCGAUCCUGCGGGACGACGGCAUCAUGGACAUCGCCCGUUUGAAGAAGGAAUUCGAUCAGUUGGAUCGCUCUUUGACUUCCGCUACUUCGGAUUACAUUGUCUACGCUCUGGCCAAGAAUGGAGGCAUGAGAAUUAUCCGACAGGACGAUGGAAGUGACAAGCAAGUGUUCCGUUCCACCCGCGAUCGAGUUUUCAACGUGACCCUCUGCACGUCGGCAACGACCAGCGGCUCCUCCGAGGAGCAGGCUCUUCUGGGUAUCGGUGUUAGCGGCUCUGUGUACUGGGCCUUGAUCUCGCGAGCCGAACAAGAUCUGUUCGAGCUGGAUGCCCUGGAGAGUGAGAGUCUGAUAUUCCCACCGUUCCCGGCCUCUGACGAGAACACUUCUGGCGGUCAGCUGAAAACGCGGGCCAAGAGAAGCUCUCGCCACCCUGGCUUCUUCGCCAUCGGUCGCGGCAAGAACAUCUACGUCGUCUCUCCUCAGGCUGCUGCCAGUCCCGCCUAUGGCGUUUCGGGAUCCCAGCGCACCGUCAAUACCGAGAAGUUCUUCAAGGAGCGCGCUCUGAAGAUUUCUACCGGCAAGGCUGGUAAGGACUUCAUGUUCAGUGACGAUGAUACUGUCAUUGCCUCUCUUGACAAGACAGGCAGGCUACGUUUCUGGGACAUCCGUGAGGUGGUCAACAACCCUGACUUCUUCAUUAAUGGACCCAGCCCAGCUGAGGUUCGCGUGCCGCUCAACACCUUUGUCACCGGAUCCCCCAGCGAGAAGUCGUGGCCCACAUCCAUUCUUUUCAUUGACAAACUGCGUCCUUAUGUGAAGUCGAUGGCACUUCGUUACGUGCUGGUUGGACUGAAGCAAAAUCACACCUUGCAGCUCUGGGAUAUUGGGCUUGGCAAGGCUGUGCAGGAGCUGAAGUUCCCUCAUGAGAACGAAUCGGAUGCCAUCUGCAGUGUUGCCUAUCACCCGGCUUCUGGUAUCAUCGUGGUUGGCCAUCCUACGCGCAAUUCGAUCUACUUUGUUCAUCUUUCUGCUCCUCGGUACAAUCUCCAGCCCAUGUCACAAGCAUCCUUCAUCAAGCGUUCGGGCGAAAAGGAUUCCAGCUUGCCAAAGCCAGAGUCCACCGCAUGCAUGAGCGGCAUUCGGGAGAUCUCGUUCGCUUCCAAGGGUCAGCUGCGCAGCUUGGAUCUCCUGCCGAUCAGCAAGGCGCCUGGUGACACCAAAGACGAAAAUGGUCUCUUCGAGCUUUAUGUGAUGCACUCGCGUGGAGUCACAUGCCUGAAUAUCAAGAAAGAGGAUCUGGGCUGGAGCGCCGACAACAAAAUCAUCCGUCCUGUCAAUGCCUUGCAGGAGGGUCUUAUCGAAAUUUCCGAACUGCAGGUAUUCCCCAGCUACGUCACCGACGAGCCUUCCAUCAACGGUGACUCGACCUCCGUCUCCACCAAGGUCACCCCUCGCGAGGUGGUCAAGAAGACCUCUGAACUGAUCCCGGAAGCGGCUGUACCUACCCCGGCUGCCCCGCGUACCAUGUCUCCAACCAAGCCUGUCCUGAAGAAGAAACCUGUUGAUGAACAGGCCGAACCCGCAGUGGCGCCCAAUGGAGCCGACAAGCCGGAGAAGAAGAGAAAGAAGAAGGCUGCCGUCACUGCCGCCGCCGUGAGUGAGACCCCAGCGAAAGCCAAGGAAGUGAGCACUGCUCCAUUUACCACGGGCGAGGGCCAGUCUGCCGAAGUUGCUGCUGGUACUCAACCUUUCGCGCACCCAACCGAAAAUGUCGCUCAGACAAUGCAAGCCGCAACUGUGGACGCUUCUCAGGCUCCUACGACUGUUGUCAGCGACCCUGGUGAAAUUUGGGCCAAGCACUUGACGGCUUUGCAGACUGGUGUCACUACUGAAUUCGACAAGAGCCUCGGUCGCGAGCUUGAAAACCUUUACCAUCGCUUCGACGAGGAGCGGCGCAAUCUGGAUGCUGCUUCUGCCGCCAAGCAGGAUCAAGUCCUGCGGUUGGUCUCAAGCACCCUGUCCGACAAUGUUGAGAAGAAUUUGGCACGUAUUGUCUCCAGCAGCAUCCAGGCUGACGUGGUACCUGCUCUGACUGAGCUUACGUCGAAAGCUGUUGGCAAACAGUUGGAUGAAGUCCUUGCUCAGCAGCUGGCCACCGUCGUACCUCGCGAAGUGCGUCAAGCGCUACCCGAGGCAGUCGCUCGUGCAGUGAAGCAACCUGAAGUGACGAAAGUCAUUUCGGAUAGUAUUGGCCAACGACUUGCUUCUCAUGUUGAAAAUGAGAUGUCCAGAGCCUUGCACACCACGCUCACCCCUGCUUUCAGAAAUCUUUCCCUGCAAGCUGCAGAGCAGAUCGGAUCCGAUAUGCAGAAGCAGGUGCAAGCCCAGAUGAAGCAGUAUGAGAUUCAGCGCCACAAUGAUGCUGCAAAGAUCGAUCAGCUCACAGCUCUGGUUCGCGGCUUGUCCGACACGGUUGCUUCGAUGGCUGCCGCCCAGAACAGCUUCCAAGAAGAAAUUUUGAGAUUCAAUCGUGCAUUGACCAACAAUCAACGCGCCGAGCAGAUUGGCAGCUCGCAGCAGGCUCCACCGGCUGGUCUACCCGCUCGUCUACCUGCCGGUCCCGAAGGUAGAAGCCCGGAGGCUAUGGAACUGGCGGAGAUUGCUCAGCUGAUGCAUGCCGGACGGUACGAGGAGGGUUCUGUUAAGUGGCUUCAAUCUAGCCAACAGGCUGAUUUGUUCGACAAUCUUUUCGUUCGCUUAAGCCCUACAUACCUGGCCUCGCUUUCUCCAAUUGUGGCGCUCUCGGUUGGUGUUGCUGUCACGUCCUCCUUGCAGACCAACAUCGAGGAGCGUCUUACGUGGUUGGAAGUUGUUCUUCAGACCGUUGAUAUGAGGGACGCGGACAUCCGUGAGGUUGCGCCCAGGAUUAUUGACAUUCUUAACCAGCGGUUGGAUAGCUUCUACAUGAGUGUUGCUCCGACCACCCCUCACGAGCCUUAUAUGCGCAAGCUUGGCCCCAUUGCUCGCCGCUUGCGUGAGCUUCGUGGAUAA